UUUUUCCAGUAGCUUAGAUCGGUAAAAUUUAAUGAACACAUUCUCCUUCUGCCAAGAUUUUUGAGUGUUCGGCGUUAGGGUAUUUAUCUUUAGGUAGCAAUUGAUUUUUAAAAUCAGAUACUUGCAUUUCAUAAACACUUCUAAUAAUUUUUAAUAGCAAAAAAGUGGCUUUUGAGAACAUUUUAAUAUUAUUUAAAAAUGUUUUGAUUUUUUUACUGGGUGUUUGAAAAACAAAAGACAGUUUUCUGAGCACGGUUUAAAUUCCAACUAAAAUUCGAAAAAUGAUAAUAAAAAAAAUCUUCUUAUUGGAUAAAGCAGAGCAGCCAGGAGAAAAUCAGAGAGCCAUGGCCACGCCACUUUUCCUCUCAACAAAAUCAACCCAACUAACUCUCUUCUUUCCCUCCAAACCCAACUUCCUUCCACCAAUCAACCCCAUUAAAAACCCUAGUCUCCAUUAUCGUGAUCAGAAAAUUUUAAUUUCCAGAAUACCCUUAUCUUCUUCCUUCACAAAUGGAAGCAACACCCCACCAGAAACAGAUUGCCCUGUUCCACUAGACCAGCAACCCAUCAAUGAAUACCAAACUCUCUCCGCUUCCUUCCCGUUUUCAUGGGCCUCUGGCGACUUCGUUGAGUACUGCUCAAGAUUGGCGGUCACCGGCGCGUCAUUUGCUCUCUUUAUUGGACUGCCAGUGGCCUGGUUUGGAGCAGUCGGGCCUGAUUCAGAGCCUUUGAAGAGAAUUCUUGGGGCUGUUUCUAGUGGGAUUUUUGUUGUCACUCUUGCAGUUGUGAGGAUGUAUCUUGGUUGGGCUUAUGUGGGAAAUCGAUUGCUGAGUGCAACUGUUGAGUAUGAAGAGACAGGAUGGUAUGAUGGACAGAUAUGGGUGAAGACUGCUGAGGUUUUAGCACGUGACCGCCUUCUGGGUUCAUUUUCAGUGAAACCGGUAUUGAGCCGAUUAAAAUACACUCUGGUGACUCUUGCUGCAUCCUUGUUUGUAUGUGCCUUCCUUCUCAUCAACAUUGAAGGCAGCCAAAAGGACUUGAACAUAGUAUCCACCGGAGGUGGGGGCAGGGCCAUUCCUGGGGUUUACAACGACGAUUCUGCUAGAUCAUUUGAGCCCGACGCCUUCUGUGGUGAACCUGAUCUUCUCUAAUUGUUAGUCAUUAAACAAACUUUAUUACUUCAUGUUGCAUUGUGAUGAUAUUCAAGAGCAUAUCCUAUUCCAGUAUUCCCAUAUGCCCUUUGUGUACAGUUUGUUAUACUGCAAUAUUCUCCCCUGUUUUUUUAGCAGAUGAUGUAAACUAAUUGAAAAUUUGCAGUAUGGAUUAGUUUCAAUGGACUUUCUUGAAGAAAAACUCAUGCCCCAGUUGGUUACACUUAUCAUCUCAGCCAGUACACAUUCUCCCUAGCUAAUGGCUGAAACUGUGCCAUAUUCUUUGCUGAUCUUAUGGGAAAUUUUAGCCUUUUCUGUAUAUGUUGAUGUGGGUUUGCCUUGGAAA